GUUUACUAUUGAGACUUGAGAGAGAAAAAAAAAGCACCGACCAAAGCGAAAGUGAAAAACAGAUAAAUUAGCGCGAAAUAUCGCGAGGGAGUUUCAUUUGUGUCCCGAAAUGGCAGCAACGAGCACGACCACGAGCGGUAGCGGCAGCCAACCUUACCGUCCGUACAGGCACCUCAAAACCCUAACCGCCCACGAACGCGCCGUGUCUUGCGUCAAGUUCUCCAACGACGGAUCCCGUUUGGCCUCCGCCUCCCUCGACAAAACCCUAAUUAUAUGGUCCUCCGAAACCCUCUCCCUCCUCCACCGCCUCACCGACCACUCCGAAGGCAUCUCCGACCUUGCCUGGUCCUCAGACUCUCGUUACAUCUGCUCCGCCUCCGACGACCGUACCGUCCGCAUAUGGGACGGCACCUCUGGCGAGUGCGUCAAGACCCUCCGCGGCCACUCCCACGCCGUCUUCUGCGUUAACUUCAAUGACCAGACUAACCUCAUCGUCUCCGGAUCCUUCGAUGAGACCAUUAGGGUUUGGGAGGUGAAGACGGGGAAGUGUAUCCAUGUCAUGAAAGGCCAUACCAUGCCAGUUACUUCAGCACACUUCAAUCGUGAUGGUUCGCUCAUUGUGUCUGGAAGCCACGAUGGUUCUUGUAAGAUUUGGGAGUCGGCCUCCGGGACGUUGCUCAUGACACUUAUUGAUGAUAAGGUCCCUGCUGUUUCAUUUGCGAGAUUCUCUCCCAAUGGCAAGUUUGUACUUGUUGCCACUCUGAAUGAUACCCUUAAGCUAUGGAAUUACUCGCAGGGGAGGUCUGUAAAAAUUUAUACAGGUCAUGUGAAUAGAGAAUACUGUAUAACAUUCACAUUUUCUGUUACACAAGGGAGGAGAUAUAUUGUUGGAGGAUCAGAAGAUUGCUGUGUUUAUUUAUGGGAUGUUCAGCAGAAAAAUAUGGUUCAGAAACUCGAAGGCCACACAGAUACUGUAAUAUCUGUUUCCUGUCAUCCAACAGAGAAUAAAAUUGCUUCUGCCGGCUUAGAUAAUGAUAGAACCGUGAGGAUAUGGGUUCAGGAUGCCUGAAUAAUAGCUAAACCUGGCUGGCAUUUCAACCAUUCAAAUCCUGCCUGCAGGUUGUAUAAAUUUGGAUCUUGAUUGUGGGACACCGAUGGCGCUUUGCGUUGUAUUAAUCAAUGAAAGGUGCAUUUCAUGUAACUUGCAAAUCAGUAAAGCAAGGGGGAAAAAAGCUCAAAAUUAUUAGAAGCCUGUAUUCAACCAAUCUUUUUAGUAUUUUUAUCGUUGCACUAUUGAAAAUAAAGCUGCUCCACACGAUUCCUGUGGUGCCGAAUUUUUUGUUCUUUUGCUUUAUGAACGGUGGCAUUUUGCAAUUUGCAUGAUCCAUAAAAAGAGAGUGAACGCUAGAAUCUUAUGACAUGAAUAUAUAGAAAAGUUUAAAGGACUCAACAUCGUUUUGGGUUCCAAUAAUACUUCUUUGAUUAGGUACAGCGGUAUGCUAACAUACUACGUUGGAAUUACCCGACAAUGUGAGAAAUAAUGGCAUUUCUACAAUCCAUUAUUUGAAUGUAAUGCCACGUUAGCAUCACUUGCUUGUUCAGUUGGACAAGAUUUCUUAACAAAACCAUGUGUUUGGUAUUGUAAUGUCACUCAGUUCCAGUGAUUGAAAAUUUCCCUUUGUCUUGGAGGAAAACGGUUGUAAUGUUUUUGUUGUUAUGGAGGAUGGCCUACAUCACCUUCCCUAAUUCAGCUA